GCACAUGUGUGCGGGGGGGACGAGGAAGAGAGGACCAUCGAUGUUGGUUGUGGACACACGCAGGGCGGCUCGAGGUUUCUUAAAAGCUUAGUUAGUCUGACCAGCGCUCACCUCGCUUCCCCACCAUCAUCAUCUCAAAUCCUCGUGCCUAAGUCAGAGAUUCACCGUUCCUCCGUCCCUCGGCUUCUCACGAGACACCUAUCUACCCUCACACCUUCUCACAACAUGGCGCCUGCUCUAGACUCGUCUGCUUCGCAGCAGUUCAAGGAAAAUCUUACUCUUGUGGCCACGCACGAGAAGAAGUUGGAGCUGAAGAGGUCCGCUUGCCCCAAGCCCGGCCCAGGUCAAGCCCUUGUGCACGUGCGAGCAACGGGUGUAUGCGGGUCAGACGUGCACUUUUGGCAACAUGCUGGUCUAGGACCUUGGAAGAUUACCGAUUGCACAGCUUUGGGUCACGAGUCGGGUGGAGAAGUUGUCGCUGUGGGCGAAGGUGUGACCAACGUGUCCGUGGGGGACAGAGUGGCCAUCGAGCCUGGAGUUCCGUGCGGAAAGGCCACUUGCAAUUUUUGCUUGACUGGCCAGUACAAUCUCUGCCCUACGGUCGAUUUCUACAGCGUUCCUCCCAAAGAUGGAACGCUGACGCGAUACCACGUUCAUCCUGCCGGAUGGUUGCACAAGGUGCCCAAGAGCAUGAAGUGGGCCGAGAUUGCUCUGCUCGAACCUCUCAGCGUCUGCCUCAGCGCUACUCUACGCGCCGAACUAAAGCUGGGUCAACCGGUGCUCAUCACCGGAGCUGGUCCCAUCGGAGUGGUGCAGCUCUUGUGCGCAAAAGCUUCAGGUUGCUCCCCCAUCGUCAUCACAGAUUUGUCCUCUGAGCGUCUAGACUUUGCCAAGAAGCUCGUACCUUCGGUAAACACGUAUCAAGUGGACACCAAAAAGGACGCCAAGACUGCUGCUAGAGAGAUCGUGGACGUCUUUACCAACGCUGCCGAUAUGGGCGUUCAAGUGAUGCCAGAAGUGACGAUGGAGUGCACAGGUGUAGAGUCUUCCAUCCACACUGCAGCCUACGCAACCCAAUCAGCAGGCCUGGUCUUCAUCGUUGGGGUAGGCAAAGAUUUCAUCCAGGUUCCCUUUAUGGAACUCUCCGUUCGACAAAUCACAGUCUCUCAUCUGUUCAGAUACUCCAACACUUGGCCUAGAGCCAUCAGGCUCGUCGCUGGUGGCGUCAUCGACCUCUUGCCCAUCGUCACCAAGACUUUCCCAUUGGAGCAGGCAGACGAGGCUGUGAGGCACUCUGCGGACAGGACCAAGUUCUCUGUCAAGACGCUCAUUGUGGAUGGAGAGGAAUAAGGUGCCAAGCGCCCAGCGCGUCGAACAAUACACUUCCAAGGUCAACGCUUCACUUUCGUCCGCUGUCGUCUCGUCCCAAUGUCCACGCUCCGAUCACCUUCAAAGUUCAUGCUGCCGACUCGUGCCGCUUUCACGUGCAGUGAUCAGUCAAGCCGCGUGUGCAGACGUGCGUACCGAUUAUGAAGUGUUUCCAUU